ACAGCACCUCAUCAUGAAGGAUGAGGGGAGGGAUAAAGAACUAAAGUAAAAACGAGGGACGAGUUGAAAGAAGGUUGCCCCCACUCUGCCCACCCUUUCCUGCAGCUCACGACGCGCGGAUGACGUCAAAGGCGCCUUUAAAAAAGAUACCGGACCUCGCGGUGAGGCGCACUUUCACGCAAAACCGCACGCGUGGAUUACAUUGCAGCGCGGAGGAAAUGGGGGGGAAACGGGAUCGUGGGCACAAGCAGUAAGUAAUAGCGGUCCUUUCAGAUAGACAUGGAGAAGCUGGAUGGGAAGUAACAGGUGGGACUGUGAGGCAUCACCCUCAUCAUCACGAGCAGUGGAAUUUGGAAGGAAUGCGCGCAAAGAUCUUGUAAACUCACGAAAAGUGCAGCCAAGCUCUCAUGCAUGGACGCCAGAAUGUUCUCGGGCCAGGUGGCUCUCAACUUGAGCGGCUCCAACCUGAGCGACGACCCGGAGCUGGCGGAGCCGUCAGUGGAGGUCGAGGCGCGCCUGUCUCCCACCGGCUUCGCGGUGCUCUCCGUGGUGCUGGGCUUCAUCAUGACUUUCGGUUUCCUCAACAACCUGGUGGUGCUCCUGCUCUUCUGUAAGUUCAAGAAGCUGCGCACGCCCGUCAACAUGCUGCUGCUCAACAUCAGCGUGAGCGACAUGCUGGUGUGCGUGUUCGGCACCACGCUCAGCUUCGUCUCCAGCAUCCACGGACGCUGGCUCCUCGGCUCCAGCGGCUGCAGCUGGUACGGCUUCAUCAAUUCCUGCUUCGGUAUCGUCUCGCUGAUUUCUCUGGUGAUCCUCUCUUACGACCGCUACAGCACUCUGACUGUGUACAACAAGCGGGGGCCCAACUACCGCAAGCCCAUGAUGGCCGUCGGAGGCUCGUGGCUCUACUCUUUGUUCUGGACGGUGCCGCCGCUGUUGGGUUGGAGCAGCUACGGCGUGGAGGGAGCCGGAACCAGCUGCUCAGUGUCCUGGACAGUCCAGACAACCCAGUCGCACGCCUACGUCAUCUGUCUCUUCAUCUUCUGCCUAGGGCUGCCUGUGUUGGUCAUGAUCUACUGCUAUGGCAGGCUGCUCUGGGCUGUCAAACAGGUUGGUAAGAUCCGCAAGACAGCAGCUCGAAGACGAGAGUACCACAUUCUGUUCAUGGUCCUGACUACGGCUGCGUGUUACCUGCUGUGCUGGAUGCCGUACGGUGUGGUGGCCAUGAUGGCGACGUUCGGCCCACCUGACAUCAUCAGCCCCGUGGCCAGCGUGGUGCCGUCCUUGCUGGCCAAGAGCAGCACUGUCAUCAAUCCGCUUAUCUACAUCCUCAUGAACAAGCAGUUCUACAGAUGCUUCCUGAUCCUGUUCCACUGCGACCACUGGUCGGCAAAGAGCGGCAACACCUCCAUGCCGUCCAAGACCACCGUCAUUCAGCUCCACCGACGGAUCUCCAGCAACACCGUGGCCUGCGCCGCCCACGUCUCCAGCGAAACGCUCAAAAGCAGCGCUGCGCCAACCGUCAAGUUGACCACGCCCCCCGAAGUUGUGACCUGAGCG